AUAAGUGAGAAAAAGCGCUGGCGGCGAACAGUUGGUUUCUGUCGUAGCACCGCGCCGUAGUCACGGCAUCAAUAAUUUCUACUUAUUAUACUCGUACACUGUCGGGAUUUUAAACUGUACAUAAUAAUUUUGAAAUAAAAACAAUGUUUUGAACAGUUAGAGUGUGAAAUCUAUUCAAUAUAUUAAUAAUACUUAUUAAAAAUAGUUAAUGUGGUCAACAUGCGGUUAAUAAUUUCAUCAAUUUUUGCGCUCGCUUUUUUCCAAGUUCCUGAACUAACGCGAGGUGAAGAUUUCGGAUACGACGGUGUAAUAGGACCUCAGCACUGGGGCGAACGUUAUCGAGAAUGUACCGGCAAACAUCAGAGCCCAAUCAACAUCAACGUGCUUCGUGUGAAGCAGGUUACUUUGCCAGAGAUAGUCUUUAUUGGUUUCGAUGACUCCAUAGACGGAGUACAUGUCACUAAUAAUGGACACACAGUAUUGAUCGAGGUAGAGAACGAGCCACACCCAAGGGUCCGUGGAGGUCCUCUAGAUGGCGACUAUGUUUUCAGUCAGAUGCACUUCCAUUGGGGAGACAACGACACCUUCGGAUCUGAGGACAAAAUCAAUCAUAGAAGUUUUCCUAUGGAGCUGCAUAUGGUGUUUUAUAAAGAAGAAUACAGAAGUACAAGCGAGGCAGUGAAACAUCCCGACGGUUUAACAGUUCUCGCCUUUUUUUACGAGUUGGAUCGACACGAGCACCCAGCGUAUGAUGACAUAACAUUAGCACUGUCAAAUGUGACCGAGCCUUACACCUCAGUGAUUAUGUCUCAUCCAUUCUCAUUCCUCAACAUACUGCCAUACGACUUGAGGAGAUACUUCACAUAUCGUGGUUCCUUGACGACUCCACCGUGUUCUGAAGUCGUCAUAUGGCUGGACUUUGAACAACCUGUGAGGUUGGCCCAUGAUCAGAUUGAAGCCUUCAGGGAGUUAAAGUCUGCUCAUGGCAAGAUCACACAUAACUUCAGGCCCAUACAGCCAAUCGGCGAUCGUGUAGUAUUCUACAAUAUAGAUAGCAACUACUUCAGCUACAAUGAGAUAGAUGACCCUGAGGAGCAGACCACAACCAGUAGGCCGUACAGAAGGAGGAAGGGGCACAACAGUGGACAUAGUAACCAAUGGAGCUUACUGUGCUGCCUAAGCGCAUUAUUAGCGAUCAUUUGCUGUUUAUAGGUAUAUUUAGUUAAUGUAAAUAUAAUAUUAGCACAAUUUAAAUUAAUAUUUUAGCGAGUAUACUAGAUACUAUUGCGUUGUGAGCAAAAAUAAUUAUUGAAUUGCCAUAGACUUAUAACGAAUUAUCUUAAUAUUUAAAUUUAUAUUAUAAAAUAUAAUAUUAUUACUAUAGAUAUAAAUAGAUAUUAAGAUCUCGAAUUGUCUAGAAAAUAUUAUGCAGUUUAAGUAACUGAUAAGCUUAUAGUCCACAUAUAUCUUGAAAAAAUGCGACAACGCCAUCUAGUCUCAUACAUACUAUAUAGGUAUGAGUGGAUCCUCACUAAAGAUAACAUAUAAGUAUUAUGAGUACUAAACAAUUCGUAGAUUAUUAUACGAUAAAUUAUAACAACUCAAAUAUUUUUUAUGUCUAGUAAUCUAUGAAACAUUCGUAAGAAUAUUACUUGAAUAAAAUUAUACAAAGCAAAUAAUAGCAAUAAUCCAAAUGGAAAUAACAGUACCGACUACAUACAAAUGCUGGCAUUUCCUGUACACAAAGCUUAUAGUAAAUAAGCUUGUCUUUUAAAUAGACACUACGUAUUUUGAAUCAUAUUUCAAUGUAAUGAAUGAUAGUCAAUUCCAUACUUCGGUGUGAUAUGCUAAUAAACAACUAUUUAGUAUUUUAAAUUUUAAUAGGGCUAUUAACAUUUUUCUAUCUCUUACAACUUUAUUAUGUAUUUUUUUUAUUACCCUGAGGUAUAAUCUGAAUUAUAACAAGUAUUUUGUAAACAUUUGUUUUAUAUUCUAUGUUACUAUGUUAAUGUAGUAGGCAGUUAAACGAGAAAAAAAAACAAACAUACAAAUACAGGUUUUCUAUUGGAUAAAUCCGGUUGGAGCAAUUAAAAGGUUAAUUAGAACGCAGUUGCAUUAAUUGUUUAUAACAUUUAUUUCUGGUAACAAUAUAAACUAUUUAAAAGACGAAUAAUAAAGCAAUAAUUAAUUUUUAAAAUAUAACAGUUAAAAUUGUAUCACAGCAAUUAAUGACCAUAUAAGUUAUUUAAGAUAGUUUAAUAAUUUCUUCUAUAAGCACAAACAUAAAUGUAAUGUGUCAAAAUACACAAAAACUGAUAAAAAAAAUGACAAUUGUAGAAUAAUUAUAGCAAGUGUUAUAGUUAAAAUUGGAAUUGUAUAUCCAUAAUACAGACUGAGUAUAUUUCAAGAACCUAAGGAGUUAUGGUGAUGUCCUGUGAUAUAAAUAAAUAUGAGUUUAGCAAUACAA